CGCCCUGCGCGCCUCGGCUUCUUUCCGCCCGGCUCUUCCAGAGGCCCGGCGACUUCCUGGGCUGGGAAGCCAACCGAGGUUCGGGGGCAGCGGCGAGGGCUUGGGGCGAGUAAGGCCGAUGGUCCCUGCUGAGGCCCAAAGGGGGCGAACUCGCGAGAGUCUCGGGCGACCUGGGCCAAUCUCAAACUGGAGCUCAGCUUUUAGAAGAGAGACGCCCCAGCAAGCCUCUUUCGGGGAGUCCUAUAGCUCCUCACCUCCAUGGGCGAGACAGCCGUGGCGGGGGGCAGCAGCAGCACCCCCACCCCACAGGCCCUGUACCCUGACGUCUCCUGUCCCGAGGGCUUGGAAGAGCUGCUGUCUGCACCCCCUCCUGACCGGGGGGCCCAACGACGCCACGGUUGGAACCCCACAGACUGUUCAGAGAACAGCGAGGUCAAGGAAGGAGGGUUGUAGUUUGAGCGGCGGCCCCUGGCCCAGAGCACUGAUGGUGUCCGGGGCAAGGGGCUAUUCAAGAGGCCUGCACGCCUGGGAGAUCAGCUGGCCCCUACAGCAGAGGGGCCCGUAUGCCGUGGUGGGCGUGGCCACGGCCCGCGCCCCGCUGCAGACUAAGCACCACGCGGUGCUGUGGGGCUGGGACAUCGGGCGGGGGAAGCUGUACCAUCAAAGCAAGGGGCCCGGAGCGCCCCAGUAUCCAGCGGGAACUCAGGGUGAGCAGCUGGAGGUGCCAGAGAGGCUGCUGGUGGUUCUGGACAUGGAGGAGGGAACUCUGGGCUACGCUAUUGGGAGCACCUACCUGGGGACAGCCUUCUGGGGACUGAAGGGCAGGACCCUCUAUCCGGCAGUAAGCGCUGUCUGGGGCCAGUGCCAGGUCCGCAUCCGCUACCUGGGCGAAAGGAGAGGUGAAGCCUGGGGCAGAUGUGGGGAGAACUUUCUGUCCCUGGUGGCAGCGGUUUGGGAUGGAAGCUCUUCUGACAAGAGCAGAGGGGAUGGACCUUCAUCCAGCCUGCCUCUUACCUCUGUUCAGUGCUGGGAAAGGCUAGGGGUCUUUACAGCUGUUAUUUAAUCCAACAGCAUUAGAGGGGAAACGGGCUGGAGAAA